AUGGGAGGCAAAAAAGGUGAUGCGAAACCAGCCAAGAAAGGUGGUGGAAGGGAAUCGCCCUCCAAGGCUGACCCCAAGAAAAAAAAUGAGAAGAAAGGGGGAAAAGGUAAAGAAAAAGAUGAGAAAAAGAAAGAUGCCAAGAAAGCGAAGAAAGAAAUAGCAAGUGAAGAGGAAGAGGAGGAAGAAGUGUCAGAGACAGAAAAGGGUAAAAGCGAAGAAAACAAAAAUGAAGAGGAAGAAGAAGAUGAAGAUAUUGUACCAGUGCCUAGAGGUAGAAGAGGGAGAGAAAAAGGUGUAGCAGCCCUAAAAGGGGCUUCUAAAGCGGUGGCUGGUAUGAACAAAGGUAGAGGUAGAAGUGAUCCAGUACAAGAACCAGAAGUCUCUAAAGCAAAAGGACCAAAAAGAGAUUUAGCAAGAGCUCAACUGAAAGGAGCAACCAGGGCCAUGGCUGGACUGGCCAAAAAAACAGCAGCUCCUCCUCCGAGGAAAAAGAGUCUGAAGGCGACAUCAAAACUUUUCAUGAAAUUCAGCAAUCUAAAACCAAAGAGAUCAAAGAAAGGUCACUUCAAGACAGCAUCAAAACUAUUUAUGGGCUUGAGAAGAAAGUUUGCUGCUACAUCUCUACUAGAUAAAAAGAAGAAGUCAGCUGCAAUGUUGAAAAAAACAUCCAAGCUUAUGGUAGGUUUACGGAAAAGCUCAAAGAAACCAUUGCCAAAAGAAAAAGGACCUAGCGACGGAUCAAGACAAAAGCCUUCAUUUUUACUUAUACGAUUAGGAGGUAAUGCUCCAAAACCUGACCCACUAGAAAAGAAAGGACCCGGGAAACUGUUUGGGGGUUUAUUUGGCCGAAAAAAAGGAAAAGCUAAAUUCAAACCGAAAGCUAAAUUGCUUUCUAAAGUAUCCACAGCUGCCAACUGGUUGACCAGAAGAUUUCUGUCCAAAAGGAAUAGAUAUUUUCAGAAUGAGUUUGCCAUACAAGAUGCUUGGCAUAGUAGGAUGGGAGAACACAGGUUGCCAUUCCCUUCACAGGAGGAACUUGAAAGACAUAGGGAAAAUAUGAAACGGUUUCCAGGUGCACACAGAUUCUAUGGCCAAUAUGAAGAUGUUUAUGGACAUCCUAAGAACUUUGAAGCCUAUCGACACCAAAGAUUCCCAACGCAAAGAUAUUUACAAAAUGGGCCUGGAAGACAUGAUGAUGCGUCCGUUGGCUAUUACAACUACGAUGACGAAGGGUAUGGUUUUGAUGAAAAUGGAUAUUACAAUGAGGAUGAGGAAUUUCCAUUUGCACAUAAUGGUCAAUUUCCAGCAUAUGCUGGAGCAGAUGAAGAGUAUAAUGAUUAUUCUGGGUACCCUAUGGAAGAUGACUACACUUCAUAUCAAGAGAGUAUGGAGUAUUGUGAUGAAGGCAGCCAUCUGCUUAAGAGUCAAAACUCGUAUUUUCAAUAUGAGGUAGAUGUCCAUAAUCCCCACAAUGUAUAUUCAACAUACGGUUAUGAUGGGAAUCAGAUGAGUUACUCUCAGGAUCCAAUGAAUCCAUAUGAUCCACGGGAAAAUGAGAGUGAGUCAUUUGGUAAUUUUGAAGGACACCCUCCUUAUUCUGACAUGGAAGAAUCAGAUUACUACAAUAACUACCCAGGUGCAAUGAACCACACUGACUACAUGAUAUCUCCGUAUGCAGAGCCAUUAAACCCAUACGCUCAACCUAUGGAUGAUAUCAUAGACCAUGAUGAUCCAGAAGAAAUGGAACAAAGUCAUCAUCCAUAUUAUGAAUCUGAAGACCAGCUACAAGAACACUCUUCAACUUUAUCCCAAAAUAGAAAAUAUAAACUGUUCCCAAGACCACAAGUAAAACUUUUUGGGCGAGAGAAAUUAGAUGUUCCACUACCUCCAUCUCCACGUAUAUCGUUUACAGAUUUUGAUGAUGAGGAAGAGCAAGAUGGUGAAGACGAACCUUUACUUUCACCACAACAGCCUAGAAAUACAAGACCACUUGCUGGUAAAUCUCUUUUCGCAAAAUCAAUUCAAAGGAAUUUAAGCCAGCCACAUCCAAGAGGAGUGCAAAAGAUGCUCUCUACAAAACCAAUUGGACAAAAAGUAAAUACAUCCUAUUAUCAAGACAAUUACCAGGAGUCUGAGUUGCAAGAGUACUCCCCAAGAGCAUUCGGUAGCCCUUUGGGACAAUUUAUGAAAAAGUCCCUUUUCCCUAAGCCAAUCUUAAAACGUAACGAGCAGCAGUUUCAAAGACGGCAACUUUCUCCACCACCGAGGAAUCCCUUCGCAGAGACAUCAUUUGAAAGGUCACAGUCUCCUGUUCCUUCCCUAAAACAUGCUCAAAUGCCAUCUCCUAAUAAUGACCAUCGGAUGGGCAAAAACCACUCAGCACAACAAUUAGAGUCCUUGCAGAAAGAUUUGGCAGAUGAGCAGAAUUCUACUUUACCAUACCAUAAACGAUUCGGCCAUAAACUGGCCGAUGCAACCCAUGAGGAGCCCCCAAAACAGUGGGCCAAGCCAGGAGCAGGACGAGAAUGGGGCCCAAGAUAUGACGCAACUGGAACCUAUAUUGGUAGCAUCCUCCUUUCAUUAAACCCAUACAGGAUGCUGAAUAUCUAUGGGACGGACCAUGUGUUGUAUUACGAGGGGAAAGCCUUGGGAGAGACUCCUCCUGGCGAAAGUGGAUCUGGUAAAACUGAAGCCACUAAGUUGGUCCUGCGUUACCUGGUAGCGGUUAAUCAGAGGCGCGGUGUGACAAACCAGAUUCUAGAGGCGACACCGCUGCUGGAAUCAUUUGGAAAUGCCAAAACAGUCCGGAACGACAAUUCCAGCCGGUUUGGAAAAUUUGUGGAAAUUUAUCUGGAGGAAGGUGUCAUUUGUGGUGCCAUAACAUCCCAAUACCUGCUUGAGAAAUCAAGAAUCGUAUUUCAGGCCAAAAAUGAGAGGAAUUACCACAUUUUCUAUGAGAUGUUGGCUGGUCUCCCCUCUCAACAGAAGCAGGCGUUCUACCUUCAGGAUGCUGAAACCUAUUACUACCUAAAUCAGGGAGGUAACUGUGAGAUUCCUUCUAAAAGUGACGCUGAAGACUUCCGAAGACUCCUGAAUGCCAUGGAAUCUCUCAGCUUCAACAUGGAAGACCAGGAUAGCAUCUUUCGAAUUCUCUCUUCUAUCCUGCACUUGGGGAAUGUCUAUUUUGAGAAAUAUGAGACCGAAUCCCAGGAGGUGGCUUCAGUUGUGAGUGCAAGUGAGAUUCGAGUGGUGUCUGAACUACUGCAGAUAUCCCAUGAGGGUCUACAGAAAGCCAUCACCUAUAAAGUGACUGAAACAAUGAGAGAAAAGAUCUUCACUCCCCUCACGGUGGAGAGUGCUGUUGAUGCCAGAGAUGCAAUUGCCAAGAUUUUAUACUCCCUGCUCUUCAGCUGGCUGACAGAUCGAAUUAACAAGCUUGUCUACCCCAAACAAGAUGCUCUGUCCAUUGCCAUACUGGAUAUUUAUGGCUUUGAGGAUCUGAACUUUAACAGUUUUGAACAACUGUGCAUCAAUUACGCAAACGAGUAUCUGCAGUUCUUCUACAAUAAGAUUGUGUUUAGAGAGGAGCAGGAGGAAUACAUCCGUGAGCAGAUUGAUUGGAGGGAAAUUUCCUUUGUGGAUAAUCAGUCCUGUAUAGAUCUUAUUUCCCAGAAGCCUUAUGGAAUCCUGAGGAUCUUGGAUGACCAGAGCGGCUUCCCACAGGCCACAGACCACACCUUUCUCCAGAAGUGUCACUACCACCAUGGCACCAAUGAGCUCUACUGCAAGCCAAAGAUGCCUCUCCCUGAGUUUGGGAUCAAGCAUUUUGCUGGGAAAGUUACUUACCAGGUCCACAAAUUUUUGGAUAAAAACUAUGACCAAGUGAGACAGGACGUUCUGGAGCUUUUUGUCAGCAGUAAAGUGAAGGUGGUGGCCGACCUGUUUUUUAGCCAUGCUCAGGUGUUGGCGCAGCAGAAAAGCAUGAUGGGUAAAAGCAAUACUGUGACCCGGAAGAUGAAGGCUCAAACCGUAGCCGCAAAGUUCCAGCAAUCCCUCCUGGAGCUGGUGGAGAAGAUGGAGAGGUGCAAUCCAUUUUUUAUCCGAUGCAUCAAACCUAACAGCAAAAAGGAACCUUGCCUCUUUGAACCAGACGUUGUGAUCAGUCAGCUGAAGUAUUCUGGUAUUUUAGAGACCAUCAGAAUCCGGAAAGAGGGAUUUCCAGUCCGGAUCCCUUUCCACAUCUUUCUCAGCAGGUAUCGCUGUGUCAUGGACCUCGGACGGAAUAUCCACGCUGAUGGGCCCAUAUGCGUCACUGUGCUGAGAAAGCUGUGUCCAUCUGUUCACCCCACCUCGUACUGCAUCGGAGUGAGCAAGCUCUUUAUGAAGGAGAACCUCUACCAACAGCUAGAGAGCAAACGAGACCAACUGAUGAACAAGGCGGCCAUAACCCUCCAGCGCUAUGGGCGCGGGUACCUGACCCGGAAACGCUACAGGACUCUGCGGUACAGAAUCAUCCAACUACAGGCCCUGGCCCGUGGUUACCUGGCAAGGCAGAAGUUUCACAACUGGAGAAACAGUAUGUUGAAAUUUCGAGCCCUGGUCCACAUGUACGUGAAUCGGAGGAGAUACCUGAGGAUGAAGGCCGAAGCUCGCAGGCUGGCGGAAGAAGAGCGCAGGAGGGCAGAGCAGGAGCUGACGAAGAGAGAAGUGUUUAAUGUGACUCAUCUAGAGAUUCCAGCAGAGCUGGCCGGCCUCCUCCGCACAGCGACAGCUCAGAAGAACAUCAUGAUGGAGUAUGUAACGCCUACUCACGUCCCAAGGGUGCAGGCCUUCACCCAGCUCACCCUGCCCCUGGACAUUAACAACUACCCUAUGUUCAAAUAUGUGCGAGUUUUUUUCAGGGAACCUCUGUUUGGGAUGUUAGCUAUGACACUUGGAUCUUCACUGCUGCCUGUUGAAGAUGAUCUGAAGCCACAAGCCAUUACUUCCUUCAAACUGGUGUUGAGGUUCAUGGGUGACCCGUUUCUCAACGAAGCCCAGGAGAUCUUAUUUGGCAAUUACAUCAUCCAAAAGGGAUUGUCCAAUAUGGGACUGCGGGAUGAGAUCCUUGUUCAAAUAGCCAAUCAGGUGUGGAGGAACACCAACCCAAACAACGAGGAGCGGGGCUGGUACCUACUGGCCUCUUGUCUCAGCAGCUUUGCUCCAUCCCCGAACUUGGACAAGUAUCUUCUGAAAUAUGUCUCCGACUAUGCUUAUAAUGGUUAUAAACCGAUCUGCCAACACAAGCUGAUCCUAGCAAUUCAGAAAUCACAGCAGGGCUCCGAAACGGCGAGGACCUUCCCACCCUGUUUAAUGGAGUGGACAGCAAGCAGAGAGAGAGCCAACAUGGCCUUGGACAUUCAUUGCUUUGAUGGCGCUAAGAUGUUAUGUCCCAUCCACUCGUGGACCGAUGGCGAGGAGCUGGCAGGGGAUGUCCUUCGACACAGGGGGGUGACUGAAGGCUGGAGAGGAUGGUCGUUAUGUUUAAAGGAUGGCGGACAGUGGUCAGAACUGGCGGGCCAUGAUUAUGUCCUGGAUCUGAUCUCCAAUGUGGAAUUGCCCAGAGAAUUCCCCAAACAGAAAUCCUAUUUCCUCACUUCCGAAGCAGCGCAGGAGAACAUUGAAACGCGCAGCGCGGUGUUUGGGAACAAGUCUGAGAUGGAUGAAAACGUCCCUCCACCACCUAUGAUGAAAGCGCCAUCUCUACCACCGCAGGGGGUUCCAGAGUCAGAAGGUUAUUACAGUCAUGAUUCAGACACGUUCAGCGAGCCGCCUUCACAGAAAGGCAUGGAUCAUUACUUAGACAGCCUGUUUGAUCCCGUUCUGUCCUAUGGAAAUGGGGAUCUGGAAAAGCUGACCGCAAUGUCCCAAAAAAUGAAAGGUGGCGGAGGCGUGGGAGGCAGGGAUGGCACAGGGGUACCCGGAGAAUCCACUUUACCUGGUGAGGCAUCACACCGUACAGAGAAGAGCAUGUACACUCAGCAACAAGCUUAUAUCAACCAGCAGGCCAUGAUACUGGCCCAGCAGAUGACCAUGCAGGCCAUGGCUCUGCAGCAGCAAAUGGUCAGCAAUUCCUCUGUAGGUCCUUCCGUGUCCGGCACCCCAAAACACAGCUUCAGGACUCCAUCCAGCAGAGGCAAUUCUUACAGGGUGACGCCUACAGUGGCCCCGAUGCCCAGGACUGGGGAGCCAAGCCAGAGAAAUGUCGUGAAUGGAUCUUCCUACAGGACCCAAACACCCCCAAACAGAGGGAGCUCCUUCAGUCAAAGGCCGGGCCCCUCCAACCAGGUGAGGCAGGAAGAUCUCGCCCAUCACAGCGCGCUAAAUUCAGAACAUUUUCCCGAACCAUCACACAACAUUAAGGACAUCAUAAACCAGUACAAACUGCCGGGAGUGACCAGACCUCCACCUGUUCCUGUAAGGAAGGAGCCCCCUAAAAUUUUUGGAAGGAAAAUGGACCCACACGAGGAAGCUUUAAAGAUACUUAAAGGGCAAAUGUCUAAUCGACCACUUGCUGGACCUUCACCGGUCUCCAAUAUGUCUUAUGUCCCUAAGGCUUCUAGAGACACUGUUGCUUUGGUAAGACCCGUCCCCAGCAUCAGACAUAAGAAGCCCGCCAGCCUACCGCCGGUCAGCGCCGUCAGACCCACCACAGCCCCCGCAGCGUCAGUGUCACGGGAGCUGUCAGAGGAGCAAGAAAAUAUCCAGACACAGUUGCAUCGGCAGUACAGCGAGGAGUUUUACACCUACAGAAACGUGUCCUGGAGGAUCUACAUCAGGAAAGAGGUUUUCUACCCCCGAGACAGCAUCAACAACCCACUAAUCCUGGACCUCAUCUUCAAGCAGAUCAUCAACGACACCUUGUCCGAGAGCUGCAUCAGGAUCAACCAGGAGGAGAGACAGAAAAUGAGAUCUCUCUUAGCGGAGUACAGGGUGGAUUCAGUCAAUGCCAUUGCAGAUGACAAAGUAAAAAAAAAGGUGGUGUCCGCUGCCCGGGAGGAGUGGGAAGUGUAUUUCUCAAGGCUUUUCCCGGCUGCUGGCAGUGUCGGCACCGGUGUGCAGAUUCUCGGGGUUUCUCAUAUUGGAAUAAAGCUCCUGAAGAUGCUGAAGAGCGGAGGCAACACCCCGGAACAGCUGCGAGUCCUGAGGAGUUACAGUUACACGGAUAUCAUGUUUGUCACCGUACUUUCUAAGAACAUGCUGGAGUUUAACAUGACCAAUGAGAAGCUUAUCCUGUUCUCGUCGAGGUCCAGUCAGGUGAAGGGCCUGGUAGAUUGCUUCUUAAUGGAGCUCAAGAAGGAUUCUAACUAUGUUGUUGCUGUGCAAAAUUAUGUAACCGAAGGCAAAAGUUUCCUGAGCUUCCAUAAAGGAGACAUCAUUCGACUGCAGCCUAUGGAAGGACUGCAGCAAGGCUGGAAAUUUGGGGCCAUUCACGGCCGGUCGGGAUUGUUCCCGGCUCAGUGUGUCCAGCCAGUAGCCGCUCCAGAUUUUGUGAACCUACCAGCGGAUAGAAAAGAGGAGCCAAGAAACCGCUAUAGUCGAGCGGCUGCAUCUGCGGCAGUGGCUGUAGCCGUGGCUUCGACUGCCGUGGCUCAUGAAUUUGACAAAAAGAUGGACGGAUCGCCUACCCCGAGCGAAUAUGCCGAAAGUUUGGAUGAAUAUACAGAGGUGGACACCACGGAGAUUGUGCUACAGGGAAGCUCGUAUAACAUGGUGGAAUUUGCCAAAAAGUAUUUCCGAGAGGGUCAGAGGAUGUUGGUGCAAGAAGAGGCGGUUAAGACGUCAGGUGAAUCUUCUAAACAAGGAUCAAAGAAAAGUCAAGAGCUCAGGGACCCGGCCGACAUGGUGAAAUUUACCAAGAACCCCAUACAGGAGUCACUUAUAGAGUUCAGUGACAGCAGCAUGAACAGAAUCGCCUCUGAACUUUUCCUAGCUGUGAUGAGGUUUAUGGGCGAUGCUCCGAUGAAGGGUCAGUCGGAGCUGGACGUGGUGGUCACAGUCCUGAAGCUGUGCGGCGAACAUGAGGUCUUGAAGGAUGAAGGAUACUGCCAGAUCAUCAAACAGAUAACAGACAACUCCAGCACAAAGACGGACAGUUGUCAGAGAGGAUGGCGGCUCCUGUACAUCCUCACCGCCUAUCACAGAUGCUCUGAAGUCCUCAAGCCAUAUCUGUUCAAGUUCCUUCAGGACACGUGCCGAAGUCCAGGCCUGCACUUCCAAGGGAUUGCAAAAGCCUGUGAGCAGAACCUACGUAAAACCCUGCAGUAUGGAGGGCGAUCGGAACACCCCAGUGCAAUGGAGCUAAAAGCCAUGGUGGCCGGGAGAAGCGCCAAGAGGCAGCUCUUCCUUCUGCCCGGAGGAAUUGAGCGACAUCUCAAGAUAAAGACUUGUUCUGUGGCGUUCGAUGUCAUAGAGGAGAUCUGCACAGAGAUGGGGGUGCACAGGGACGAGGCGUAUAACGAAUAUGCCAUCUUUGCUGUGACUAAUAGGGGUAAGUACUGA